AUAGUACCACUGAGCCUGAUUCACGAAGAACAUACACUCUGCAUAAUUACUUGAACAAUGACUAUAACUACAGAACGUAUGAUUUGCAGUGGAUUUCAGGACAUCAGUAUCUUCACAAAGCAACUAAUGGGGACAUCCUACUUGUCAACGCUGACAGCGGAACAUCCUCAGUAAUCUUGGCGAAUACAACAUUAGAUAAAUACAAGGCGACCACAGUUAUAUUGUCGCCUGACCAAAAGUUUGCUCUUCUGCAGUACAGCUCUACAAAGUUGUGGAGACAUUCCUAUACAGCUUCAUAUCACAUCUAUGAUUUCAAUAGCAGUUCUAUCUUAGAUGAUGGACUACUACCUAAUGAUACACAAUAUAUAACCUGGUCACCUGUUGGUCAUAAACUGGCGUAUGUUUGGAAUAAUAAUGUUUAUAUAAAACCUUCACCGACAGCAGAAUCUGUGCAAAUCACUCAAAAUGGAGAAGAAAAUAAAAUUUUCAAUGGAAUACCAGACUGGGUUUAUGAAGAGGAAAUGUUUGGCACCCAUUCUGCUCUGUGGUGGUCUCCAAAUGGCAAUUUUGUGGCAUAUGCAUCAUUUAAUGAUUCAGAAGUUCCUGUUAUAGAGUAUUCCUUUUAUUCCGAGGACACCUUGCAGUAUCCAAAGACCAUUAGAAUCCCGUAUCCCAAGGCAGGAGCUAAAAAUCCAACUGUGCAAUUCUUUAUUGUGGAUACGAGAUUGCUUCCUGCUUUCCACUCUGCUGAAAUUUCUCCACCUGCAGAAAUAAUAUCAGGGGAUCAUUAUUUGAGUGUCGUAACAUGGGUGACAGAUGAACGGAUCUGUCUGCAGUGGCUCAGAAGAAUUCAGAAUUUUUCAGUCCUCACAGUCUGUGACUUUGAAAGUGCUACUGGAAAUUGGUUAUGUCCACAGGAAAAACAACGUACAGAAGAAAGUACAACUGGCUGGAUUGGCAGAUUUCAGCCAUCUGUCCCUCACUUUGCACCUGACAAUGCUACCUACUACAAAGUCUUCAGCAAUACAGUAGGUUACAAGCACAUCCAUUACGUAAAUGGCUCACAGGUAGGUAAUAAGGCUCCAGUACCUAUUACUGCAGGAAAAUGGGAAGUAAUCAGCAUAGAAGCUGUAACCAGUAACUUUUUAUACUACAUUAGUAAUGAAAAUGGUGGAAUGCCAGGAGGAAGAAAUCUUUAUAAAGUGCUCUUGGAAAGCAGUCCAAACUCUACUAAAUGUGUUAGCUGUGAUCUGAAUCGAGAAAGAUGCCAGUAUUAUUCUGUGUCCUUCAGCAAAGACGCGCAGUACUAUCAACUAGAUUGUCGUGGUCCUGGCCUGCCUGUAUCUACUCUGCACAGAAGCAGUAAUGAUCAAGUCCUCAGAUACUUGGAAAACAACACUGAACUGGAAAAUUCAUUGGAAGAUAUUCAGAUGCCUUCAAAAAAAUUUGGCUCCAUUCUUGUAGGUGGAUACAACCUGUGGUAUCAAAUGAUAUUGCCUCCCCAUUUCGAUUCAUCAAAGAAGUACCCUCUGCUCCUUGAAGUGUAUGCAGGACCCUGUAGUCAGAGAGUGGAUUAUGUCUUCCAAAUCAGCUGGGCUACUUACCUUGCAAGCACUGAGCAGAUCAUUGUGGCCAGCUUUGAUGGCAGAGGAAGUGGAUACCAAGGAGAUGAAAUUAUGCAUGCAAUAAACCGAAGGCUGGGAACAUAUGAAGUGGAAGAUCAGAUAGCGGCAGCCAGAAAAUUUUCUGAAAUGAGCUUUGUUGAUAAGGACAGAAUAGCUAUUUGGGGUUGGUCUUAUGGGGGAUAUGUGACCUCCAUGGUGCUUGGCUCUGGAAGCGGCGUGUUCAAGUGUGGAGUAGCGGUUGCCCCCGUGUCAAGUUGGCAGUAUUAUGAUUCAAUAUACACGGAGCGAUACAUGGGCCUUCCUAUAGCAAGUGAUAACCUGAACAACUAUAAUAGUUCAACAGUAAUGGCCAGAGCUGAAAAAUUCAAGGAAGUUGAAUAUCUCCUUAUUCAUGGAACAGCAGAUGAUAAUGUUCACUUUCAGCAGGCAGCACAGAUUUCCAAAGCUCUUGUUGAUGCUGAAGUGGAUUUUCAGGCAAUGUGGUACACCGACAAAGACCAUGCCAUCAGUGGUCAAGCACACAAGCAUAUUUAUACCCACAUAAGCCAUUUCAUAAAGCAGUGUUUCUCACUGCCCUAGCACCAGCAAGUGAUAAUACUUCCCCAGCAUACUCUCUAGCUAAUGUACACUGAGCCAGUAUAAACUUUUAAUGAAUUGAGAU